AUUAUUACAAUAUUUUUUAUUUCCACCUUAACUUUAUUAAUUUGUUACAUUGUUAUAACUUUAGCAUCGUUAAUUUCAAAAAAAACUAUUUUUGAUCGAGAAAAAAAUUCUCCUUACGAAUGUGGAUUUGACCCUAAGGGGUCAGCCCGAUUUCCCUUCUCGCUUCGAUUUUUUCUUAUUGCAGUUAUUUUUCUUAUUUUUGAUGUAGAAAUUACACUUCUUCUCCCUCUAGCCUCAAUUUUUAAUAUUACUAAAGUUUUUUCUUGGUUAUUCACUAGAACUUUAUUUUUAAUUAUCCUUCUUUUAGGUUUAUAUUAUGAAUGAUUUCAAGGAGCUUUAGAAUGAUCUAAGUAA